AUGCAAUAUCACGUGCAAAUGUUGCUCUAUCGAAGUGGACGGGAGAUCGGCAAAACAGUGAAAGAUCGAGAGCCGCUACGGAUUCCGUCAGCAGUCGAACAAGCUUGGGGAAAAAAAAGCGUAAGUUCAGAAGCUAAUUAUACAUUUCGUAAUAUAAUGACCUUGAACAUGCUUAUGCAUCCAAAAAUCUUUAUCAUCUCACCAAAAAAGCGUUCGAAUGUACCAGUAAUUAAAAAUCAAUCUACCGAUGGUGUAACAUCGAACUCGACACCGACUACGCCAGCUAUAUCCGACCGUCAUGCAUCAAAACUGGGUAUUAGUGUUAUACCAUCUGUUCGUAUCAGUCCGCCAGCCAUUGUUGAGAAUCUAUUCGAUUGGGAUGAUGGUUUAUUUGAGAACGAUAAACGAUUCGGACGUCACAGACGAUCGCUCAUUCGUAGAUGGCCGAAUAAUCAAAAUGAAGCUUUACGUCGAGCAUCGACAACAGCUGCUAUUGUUGUAGCUGCACCCCUAGCAGAUGGUGUAGUUACAACAGCAACAUCAGGAACAGCUAAUGGAAAUGUUGAAUACACAAUGUCUAAACGUGACAAUAAUUUCGCGACGGAAUGUGGACAAACCAUGUUACAUUUGGCAGCAAAAUUGGAUCACGAAGAGAUUGUUCGAAUGUUGAUGUGUGAAACGUCACAUGCUAGCUCAUUAAUUAACAAUAGAGGACAAACACCAUUGCUAUGUGCAAUAGAAGCUGGUAGUACGUCGACAGCAACUUUACUCAUGGAACAAGAUCCAAUUUCAUUAACUGUUAAAGAUGACAGUGAUUCAUCGGUAUUCCAUUAUGCAGCUGAACAAUGCAAUGAUAUUGUCUUGUCAAGAGCUAUAGCGCUACUAAAACGUUUAUCAUCCAGUACCGCAAGACUAACGGUAAUGAUUCAUCAAGCCUGA